CAGGAAUGUCCCCGAAGCCUCCGGCCGCCGCGCCCCAGCCCAUGUGGUCCUGAACUCACUAUGCAGACUGGGCUGGCCUUAAAGUCGUGGUGAUCCACUUGUCUCAGUCUCUCAGAGUGCUGGGAUUCCAGGAAUCCAUGACAUUCAAAGAUGUGGCUGUGAGCUUCACCCGGGAAGAAUGGCACCUCGUGGACCCUGCUCAGAGGAGGUUGUACCGAGAGGUGAUGCUGGAGAACUAUGGCCACCUGGUUUCUCUGGGGUAUCAAGUGUCCAAGCCAGAAGUGAUCUUCAAAUUGGAGCAAGGAGAAGAGCCAUGGAUAUCAGAGAGAGAAAUUCAAAGGCCUUUCUGUCCAGACUGGAAGACCAAGCCUAAAGCCAGAUCACCAAGUCUUCAACAAGGUAUAACUGAAGUACUCUGCAGCACAGAUGAUGUGUCAUGUGCCACAUUAGGAGAUACCUGGGAUGUUAGUAACCAGGUAAAGAGGCAUCAAGACAAUUGGAGGAAGCAUCUGAGACCAGAGGCAUCUGCCCAGAAGAAAAUAGCCACACCAGAGGAAAGUUUUGAGCAAAAUAAAUUUGCUGAAAAGGCAGACCUGGCUCCACAAUUGAGCAGUCCUUCAAAAGUUAGGCCCAGUGAAAGUGAAACGCUUGUGAGCAAUUUGGGAAACAAUUCAGAGUUACUUACUCGUAGUAGUAUCCUUGCAAAAAAGAAACCCUAUAAAUGUAAUAAAUGUAGGAAAUCAUUUAUUCACAGAUCAUCACUUACUAAGCAUGAGAAAUUUCAUAAAAAUGAUGCUUUCUCCAAUGGUGCAGAUCAGGGAGUUUAUUCUGGAAAGAAACAUCACGAGUGUACUGACUGUGGAAAAACCUUCCUCUGGAAAACACAGCUUACAGAGCAUCAGAGAAUUCACACUGGAGAGAAACCCUUUGAGUGCAAUGUGUGUGGAAAGGCAUUCAGACAUAGCUCAUCCCUAGGUCAGCAUGAGAAUGCUCAUACUGGAGAAAAACCCUACCAGUGUAGUCUCUGUGGGAAAGCCUUCCAGCGCAGUUCCUCUCUUGUUCAACACCAGAGAAUUCACACUGGAGAAAAGCCCUAUCGAUGUAAUCUCUGUGGGAGGUCCUUCAGGCAUGGUACAUCCCUCACGCAACAUGAAGUCACACAUAGUGGAGAGAAACCCUUCCAGUGUAAAGAAUGUGGGAAAGCCUUUAGUAGAUGUUCUUCCCUUGUCCAACAUGAGAGGACUCAUACUGGAGAGAAACCUUUUGAAUGUAGCAUAUGUGGGAGGGCUUUUGGACAGAGCCCAUCCCUUUAUAAGCAUAUGAGGAUUCAUAAAAGAGGCAAUCCUUACCAAAGCAAUGACUUUAGCGUAGAUUUUGAACACAGCCCUUCACUUACUCAAGAUGAAAGUAUACUGAUUGAAGUAAAGUCCUAUCAUUGUAGUGACUGUGGGAAAGACUUCAGUCACAUUACAGACUUCACUGAGCAUCAGAGGAUCCAUACUGGAGAGAGCCCCUAUGAUUGUGAGCAGGACUUUAGUCAGCAGUCUGUGUCUCAUCCUGGAGAGAAACCCUAUAGAUGUAAUGUAUGUGGCAAAGCUUUCAAAAGGAGUACAAGUUUUAUAGAACAUCAUAGAAUUCAUACUGGAGAGAAGCCCUAUGAAUGUAAUGAAUGUGGAGAAGCCUUCAGUCGACGCUCAUCACUUACCCAACAUGAGAGAACCCACACUGGAGAGAAACCCUAUGAAUGUAUUGACUGUGGAAAAGCCUUCAGUCAAAGUUCGUCUCUUAUUCAGCAUGAGAGAACUCAUACUGGAGAGAAACCCUAUGAAUGUAAUGAAUGUGGGCGUGCCUUUCGAAAGAAAACCAACCUGCAUGAUCAUCAGCGAAUUCAUACUGGAGAAAAACCUUAUGCUUGUAAAGAAUGUGGGAAAAACUUCAGUAGGAGUUCAGCUCUUACUAAACAUCAGAGAAUUCAUACUCGAAAUAAAUUGUAGAACUUUAAGGAAUGUGUAGAAAGUUUUGGCUAAAAUACUAUUUAAAUUUAUUAUCAGAGGAAAAAAACUGAGAGUGUAAUUAUGUGUUUGUUUGUAGGCUGUGUGUGUGGAAAAAAUUAUACCACUAGACAAGUUUUUAAAAAAAUUAAAGCAACAUUCUGAUAUCUAAUUACUUUGUAAAAAAACUAUAAACACAUAUGUAUCCAUUUGGAAAUGAUAUGCAAAGAUAUUGGACUUAAAACUUUUGAAUGAAUAUAGGAAAUCAGCAAAUUAUGACAGGUUGGUAUGUAACUACCAUUGUUUACAUUCUUUUUUAAAAAGAAAGAAAACUCAUGGUAUUGACCAAAGGUCAUUUUAAAUAUUGAUGGUUGCACUCAACUGCAACUCUUACAUGGAGAUGGAAACUGGUUCCACCUCCAAGAAUUCACCAUUCAAAGAAUUAGAUCAACUACUCCAACCACUUUUUUGUACAAAGAUGACUGAAAGCCAAAGAUUUUAAGUAGGUUGCACGGUAUUGUAUAACCUAUAAUGGCAAAGCUGGUGGGAAAUUCCAGUUUCUUAGUUCUUUAGCCCCAUACUGUUACUACUAAAAUGUAUUUUUCAGUUCAAAGGGCUUUGUAAUAAAAUUUAACAUAAAUACAUAAA